AUUUAGCAUAAAACAAACAUAACCUAUCGAAACGACAAAUCAAAUCGCAGAUCACAAGAAGAUAUAGAAAGAAAUUGGCGACAAAACGGGUCAUUAUUAAUUCAAUAGCCAGUUACUCACUGAAGAACAAGAUUGCGAGCAAGUUGGUUCGAAACGAUGGGUGAACGCUACAACAUCCAUAGCCAAUUGGAGCAUUUACAAUCCAAAUACAUCGGCACAGGACACGCAGACACAACUAAAUUCGAAUGGUUGGUGAAUCAGCACCGGGAUUCCUGUAGUUCGUAUAUGGGCCAUUACGAUCUGCUAAAUUUCUUUGCAAUCGCCGAGAACGAAGCCAAGGCACGAGUUAGAUUCAAUCUUAUGGAGAAGAUGCUGCAACCUUGCGGACCACCGCCUGAGAAGCCGGAGGAUUAAAUUGCGCGUUUUUUCUCCAACA